AUGGAAGAAUGGGAGAAGGGUUUGGCAAGGGGCCAGGGAGAUGUUGACUUGGCAGAGAGAAGCAUCCAUUCAGACUUUCUGAACACAAAAGUAAUUAAGGCUCUAGCUAAUGGUGGCCCAUACCUUGACUUCAUCAUUGGACACAGUUGGGGCCACCGGAUGAAACGGCAGAUUGAUGUCUGGGGGAGCUGGGGUGAAUGGAGCAAGUGCAGUCGGAGCUGUGGCGGUGGAGUCAGCUUUCGGCAGCGGCGCUGCUAUUCCCAAAGGACAGAAGGUGCUUCCAGUUGUGUUGGACCAACUCGAAGCUAUCAGUCGUGCAACAUUCAGAGCUGCCCGGAAGGCUCCCGGGAUUUCCGGGCAGAGCAAUGUGCAGAGUUCGAUGGGACAGAAUUCCAAGGAAAGAAAUACAAGUGGCUUCCAUAUUAUGGAGCGCCUAAUAAGUGUGAGUUAAACUGUAUUCCCAAGGGGGAAAACUUCUACUACAGGCACAAGGAAGCAGUGGUAGAUGGGACUACCUGUGAGCCUGGCAAGCGGGAUAUCUGUGUAGAGGGAGCUUGUCAGGCCGUUGGCUGUGAUAACAUGCUGGAAUCUGCCAAGAAGGAGGACAAGUGCCUGCAGUGUGGAGGAGAUGGCAGCACCUGCUAUGGUGUGAAGGGCACUUUUGAUGUCCCCAACCUCCCCAAAGGGUACAAUCAAAUCUUCAUCAUCCCUGUGGGAGCCACAAGCAUCCGAAUUAAGGAGGUUAUGCCCAGCAGGAACUUUCUAGCUGUCAAGAACGUGCGAGGGGAGUACUACCUGAACGGGCACUGGACGAUUGACUUCAGCCGAGCACUGCAUGCAGCUAGCACGGUUAUGCACUACGACCGUGGCUCGGAGGGUGAUCUGGCCCCAGAGCUCCUCCAUGCCCGGGGCCCCACCACGGAACCCCUCGUCAUUGAGCUCAUCAGCCAGGAGCCAAACCCAGGGGUACAGUACGAGUACUACCUGCCCGUGCAAGGACAGGCCUCGGGCUACAGCUGGAGCUACGGUUCCUGGAGCGAGUGCAGCUCCGAGUGUGGAGGAGGUUUCCAGUCCCGCUUGGUGUUUUGUACCAUAGACAAUGAAAUUUAUCCAGACUAUAUGUGCAGGAAUAAGCCACAACCAGACAAUAACCGGACAUGUGGCCGUCAGACUUGUCCCCAGACAAAACGGACUUCUUACGUCUAUCUGCCGCAAGCCUGGAGUCACAGUGGAGCACGGAGCUCUCAGAUGAAGAGGUGGAAAACGGGGGAGUGGGGAUCCUGCUCAGCUACCUGUGGUGGGGGCACCCAGACUCGCUCCGUUUACUGUGUGGCAUUCGACGGUCAGAGCUCCCAAGGGGUGGUGGAUAACGCCGAGUGCAUGGCCUUCGCACAGCAGCCUCGCAGCAGUCAGCCCUGCAACGUGAGGCAGUGCGCGACCUGGAGCACCGGGCCCUGGUCCGAGUGCUCAGCCAGCUGUGGGGAGGGGGUCCAGACUCGGACCGUCACGUGCAGAACACAGCAGGGCUCUCCGGCUCAGGACUUUGCUUGCCUCAUGGAGCCAAAGCCAUCGGCCACCCAGCCCUGCCUUAAGGAGAACUGCAUCCAGGAAAUCGGCUGGCACGUUGGAGACUGGGGCCUGUGUUCGAAGAGCUGCAAUUCAGGCAUCCGGACACGCCAAGUCAUCUGUGCUGACGGCGACUCCAAAUUCUACAGUCCCGAGACAUGCAAAGCCAUCCAGCCACAGAAACCAGCCACCCUGGGUAGCUGCAACAUGCAGCCCUGCUACCUGCCACAGCAGGUCCCAAGUAUGCAGGACAGUAUGGGAUACGAUGUCACUCGCCAGUCCUCACUGACACGUUACAGCCCAAACAGCCCUGUCACAGAUUCUGGUGAUGAAAGGAUGCUCCCUGGGAGCUCCACGAUCCAUAGUGCCUCUGGGAAUCACCACAUCCCAUCCACCAAGAACCGUGGCAUCAACUUGUUGCCUGUUCGCUGGGAAUCCCAGCCACACUCGUCAGGUUCCCAUCAGCUCAGCUUCUCUCAGGACCCCACUGUAGGGCCUGGCUCUCAAGACUGUCAUCGGAGCCCACACGGCUGCUGUCCAGAUGGGCACACUCCAGCUUCAGGCCCUCUGGGGAGAGGUUGCCCCUUCAGCACUUGUCAACGAAACAGGUAUGGAUGCUGUCCUGACGGAGUAUCGGCUGCCCAGGGUCCAAACAACAUGGGAUGCCCACAAUACUACCAUGACGUGCAAGUGAGCAGGAAUCAGCCCACUGCAGCUGCCCCAACAGCAAGCCAAGCCUUGUCCCAGCAGCACCCCUCGGGCGAGUGCCGCAGUUCCAUGUACGGCUGCUGUUUUGACAAUGUCGCUUCAGCUUCAGGUCCUCAAGGGGAAGGAUGUCUCAAUAGGCCCAACUACCCAUAUCCUGUCCUAUGCCUGCUGCCCAGUGCCCAUGGACCCUGCACAAACUGGACCACUCGCUGGUACUUCGUGACUGUCGUUGGCAAGUGCAACCGGUUUUGGUACGGCGGCUGUCAUGGCAAUAAAAACAGCUUUGGCUCAGAGGAGGAGUGCAUGAGAGCAUGCCACAGCUCCGGCGGGGUCAGUCCUCUGGAGCACCACCCCUCUUCUGGCACAGGAACCCUGCAAGGCCAGCACGCUGGCUCCCGCUCUCGCACAGGGGAUGCUCAGGGUCAGCAGCAGCCACCCCCGAGAGAGUCUGCAAGUCGCAACCAAGAAGGAAGAGCCUAUGGGGCUUCACGCCCCACGCAAGACAGCCACAGACAGGACAGCUGGAGAAGUGAGGUGCUGCCAGAGUCUUUGCCAAGGACCAGCGUGCUGGAGAGCCAGCGCCGGGGCACCCAACAAAGCAGACUGGGCAGCCUGAGCCAGCCGCACUUGCAGGAAGCAGCAGUGCCCGGGCCCUCGGGGAGGCAGAGCAGCAGUGGCCAGCAGGUCCUGCCCCGCGAAGGCAAGCAGUGGCAUAAGGCCUUGGGAGCAGAUGUUUCCAUGACGGAGGGAUUUGGGCACCAGGUGUCUGCAGACUUGUUCCCAGCGCGGGCUCUGCACAGAGCCAUCCUGGAGGAAGCCAAGCCCUCUUUUGUGACAGCAGUUGUGGGACAAAACAUCCAGCUGGUCUGCAAGACGGGCAUGUCCCCCUUCUCCAGAGUGGAGUGGAUGAGGGAUGGCCGACCGGUCUCCUCUGACAGGCACACCUACCAGUCCGACAGCUCCUUAGUGAUCAGCCACGCCAAGCCGGAGGACGCCGGGACUUACACUUGCCUCAUUUCUGACGGGAGGACAGAGAGACGACAGAUUCAGUUACAGAUCAUAGAGUACCAGAGUAUGGCUCUGGCAGAGGGUGAGAGAGGUCGGGUCCUUCACAAGGAAAACCAGCAGCAUGGAGAGAUAUCCAGAGGCAGGAAGGUUGUACAGGCAGCCGGUUCCUCUGUGCAUCAGCAAUUCACGUACAGGUUGAGAAUGGAUAAGAGCGAGCCCUCAGUAGUGGAGGCCAACGUCGGGGAGCGAGUCAGACUGCCCUGCACAGUGGAAGCAUCGCCGGCUCUCACCAUUGAGUGGCAGAAAGACGGGCAGCCCCUCUCCUCUCCCAGACACAGGCAGCAGUCAGACGGGGCCCUGGUUAUCAGCCGGGUCAGCUCUGAAGACGUUGGCUUCUUCACCUGCAUUGCCUCGAAUGGACGUGACCAGGACCGGCGCCAGGUCCUAUUCCGACCUCUAGGAGAGCUGAGGAUCACUGGUCUUCUGCCAAGCAUCACGGUACCUGAGGGAGGGACUGCUCAACUUCAUUGUACAGUGACUGGCAACAAUGUGAAUAUAAGGUGGUCAAGGAAUGGAGUCCCCAUGCGGGCAGAUGGCCACCACAUCCACCUGUCCCAGGAUGGAAGCCUGAUCAUAAGCAACGUUCAAGAGGCUGAUGAGGGAUCCUACACGUGCAGCGCCUACAGCAGCAGCAGCUCGGUCAGUGCCAGCACGGAGGUGAAAGUGCUGAGGAGCAGGCCCAGCGCUACUGUGAAUCACGUUGUGGACCCCAGCAGAGAGUGCGUGGACCAGCCGCACCUCGCCAACUGUGAGCUGAUCCUGCAGGCCCAGCUCUGCCGCAGCGAAUACUACUCCAGCUUCUGCUGCGCCAGCUGCUCGCGCCACCAACCGCAGGCCAGCCCGCCUCGUCACCGCGGGUGA